CGAUAAUCUGUCGGGGCGUAAACAAACCUGCUUGGCCGAGUGCGUGUGAGAGUGUGUGUGUGUGUGUGUGUUGAGUGCGUUGUGUGUGCGUUUACAGCCUCACCAUGACCAAGAGUGCCAAGGCCAAGAAAGCGAAGAAGGCAGACUUUGCUAAGGUGAAGCUGAAGGUGGGCAAGAGGCUGAAGAAGGCCCAGAACGAGACGAGGACAGACUUCAAGGCCCGGAAGAUCAUCCUGAAGGAGCAGCUGAGCAGGAAGGGCGAGGAGGCGCUGCUCACAAAGAAGAAAAGGAACGUUAAGGACCUGCUGUCAUCUCUAGGCCACACCAACACCUACGUGCGCCAGGAUGGACUCAAUGGGUUGCUGGAGCUGGUCAAGAAGAACGAGACGGAGCUGCUGGUCCCCAAGCUCUCGCAGAUCAUCACCGGCGUUGCUCCCUGCCUCUUCGACAUUGACGUGCUCAUCCGCUCCGUGGCCAUCAAGUUCAUUGAGGUCUUGCUAGUAAAGGUCGGCACCCACGUUGAGCCAUACUUUAAUGUUCUGGCAACACACCUUUCCUGUGCCAUGGUGCACCUCAACACAGGGGUGCAAGCCGACUCCCUGCGUCUGGUGAACCUCUUCGUCAAACACACACCAGUUCUCCUCGCCCGCCAUGCCAACACUCUCCUGAACAACUUUGUCAACCUCAUUUCCAGAAAGGCCAACAGUUCACAGACAACCACGAGCAAGAGAGAAAUGUGUGUGGACUUCUCCCGGAUGCUGCACACCAACCCCAGCAGCAGCCUCACCACACACAAGGGACACGUGGAGCUACUUCAGGAGUUGUCAGGGUUCCUCGAGAUCAUCCUUAAGGAACAGGACCAAGUGGAAGAGCAGGUCCCCCUCACAAUGUGGCAGCGAGUGAUGGCAGGGAGUUUGCCGCCUGUGGUGUGGGGCGGCACAGACAAGGACGCCGCACAGCACACCUGGCUCUUCUCCGACCCACAACACCUGCAAAAGUUUGUCCAGGAGAUUGUGCCAUUGUUGUUCCAGGUGUGGGCUGAGGUGGACCCAAAGAACCAAGAAGAAAUAGAAGAGGACAACAUGCUGAAUGAGGAGGGAGUGAAGGCUCUUUCCUCCAUCCUGAGCAUCAUUGACCACCUCAUGAACAUCACCCAAGCCUGCACCAAGCAGCAGCCUAAAGAGUGUGAGUGGUUUGUUGGACAGCUUAACUCCCAGUACAUGUCCAAGAUAAUGUCUGGCUUCCCAUACUACCGACACACAAGUCCAACAGUGACAAAGAAAAAGAAGAACAAUAGGUCAGGCAGGAGUGCAGAUCAGAGUGUAGACAACCACAGCAUCAAGCACUGUGACCACCUCAAUGUGACGCUGGCCACCCUAACUGUCCAACUGUCAUCCUCCAGUCAGUUUCAGGAGAAGGCAGUCUCUUAUCUUGCAAGGGUGCUGAGUAACAAGACCCAUGAUGGCGAGUACAACAUCAGUGCCGUGGUCAAGGUCCUGCUUCACCUGCUGCCACAGACGGAUGAGCAGGAGGCUGAGUCACUGGUGGGCGGGGCUCUGGCCUGCUACAAGCGCCUCCAUCCCCUCAAGAAAGACCGCACCCUCCUCCUACAAGUCCUACUGGCUGCCACGCACAUCACCAACCCCACCCUAUGGCGGUGCCAGAGUGUGGAUCUGUGGGUGAGGCAAAUAGUAGAGGAGCUGGCUGGUGGGGAGGUGCAGGAGGGUGUGCUGGGGGCUGCCAUCACCCUCAGGCUGCAGGCCAACACCAGUCUGGGGCAGCUCCUGGCCACACACAAGCAGGAGAUCACAGAAAACCUUGAGAGGAGAGGCAUGCCAGGGGUGACCAAGACUUUGCUCUCCAACAAACUAAAAUUCUUGUUGAAGGACACGUAGAUAGUGUCUUGAUUAUUUAUUAUGAGUUUUUGCCUUUUGCCAUGCAUAAUGAGAGUACCAAAAUAGUCCAGUUUUUAGCCUAUUUAAUAAAGAGUUGUUUUAGUGAA